UAGAGUCACACACAACAUACCUAAUGAGACCUUCGAACGAACGACUAUUUCGCCGGCCAAUUCACGGACCAUCAUCUAAGUUGCUACAAUUUGACGAAAAAAAAUCGCCAAAAGUUACAUUCGCGGAAAAUUUCCGAGAGUAUUGUUUGAACACGACUCUUCAUGGAUUGAAGUAUAUUGGAACAGUCAGCCUCACCACAGUGGAAAGGUGUUUCUUCUUCGUCUCCUUCAUCUUAGUGUCGAUCCUUUCGAUCUACUUCAUCACCAACGUCUAUCAAAAAUGGCAGUCAACACCGAUCAUUAUCGGCCUUAGCCCAAAGGCAACCCACAUCCGGGACAUCCCCUUUCCGGCGGUUACCAUUUGCAACAUGAAUCAGGCCACGCGAACUGCAGCCGAAGCCAUAAAGCCGGGUACUCUGGAGAAAGCGAUUCUGAACAGUAUCUGCUCGUUGGAUGGCGAGUUCAAUAUGACCAAUUAUGAGGGCAAGUGGUCAACAGUGCGGAAGAUGCUACUCUCCGCUACUCAACCAUGCCACAGCAUGGUGGAAGCUUGUCGGUAUGCACAGACCACCUACAACUGCCAGCAUAUCUUCCGACCUGUGCUGACCGAUGAGGGACUUUGCUGUACGUUCAACAGUGUUGACUCAUCGUUUCUAUUGUGGAAUAGGACCAAUGGUGGAAAUCGUACCGAAUUGCCGGACAAUCCUUUCGUACCGAUCGAGUGGACACCAGAAACGGGGUUCGUUGGAGAAGCAAACAACUCGACCUUCCCGAGGUACAUCGCCGGAACCGGGGCCAAUAUGGGACUUACGGUUGUUCUGGACGCCAACGUCAAGGACUACUACUGUUCGUCAACUAGUUCGUACGGGUUCAAAUUGAUCCUACACAAUCCGACGGAAACUCCCAAGAUGGCCGAGUAUGCUCACUAUAUACAGGUGGGGACGGAGAACAGGAUCGUCGUAACUCCAAGAAUCAGCGAUGCGUCCUAUCUGAUCCGUAAGACCUCGCAAGCCACAAGACAGUGCGUGUUUGCCAGUGAAGCGAACCUGUCGUAUUUUCGAACUUACUCCCGCAACAACUGCGAAAUGGAGUGCGAGGCUCGGUUGAUUCAGGACAACUGCGGCUGCGUUCUGUACUACAUGCCGAAACUUCAGGAGGACAACAAGAUCUGCAGUAAGGUCGAUGCCGGAUGCUACGAGAAGAUCCGCUCAUCGAUAGCUCAAACGGCGAGCAACACGCUGUCCUGUAGCUGCCUACCCGGAUGCUUCGAGAUCAGCUACUCGAUCGAUCGAUCGUCGGCUGAUCUUUGCGUUGGGAAGUUCAUGGUUCGAGAAAAUCUGCUACAUGUUAACGAUUCGUAUGCAAGGGAUAACAUCGCUCUAGUGUACAUCUUCUUCUCGGAGACGUACUUCAGGAGCUUCUCCAAGGGGGAGCUGAUCGGGUUCACCGAAUUCCUAUCGAACGUUGGCGGUUUGCUCGGUUUGUUCAUGGGCUUUUCGUUGAUCUCUCUGGCCGAAGUGAUAUACUUCAUGACCCUGCGACCGCUGUUUGCCAAACGAAAGGAGAAAGCGGAUCGUACCAAUCAAGAAACCGUCGUUCGCGAUCGACACUUCAACACCGUCUACAACAAUAUGUACCCCAUCCAACAGAAAGCCGGAGCUCAUCAACGCCACGUGCACUUUGCUGGCGUCACCCGUCAGAACGAACAGGAGGUAAACUCGAUGCAGAAUUGGCCAAAGCAGAUCAAGUUACUGAUCAGUUCUCGAGUUCAGCAGAUUGCGGGAUGGAUGGACGGAGCGUUUCGGCUACGCAGGACCAAGAUCAACCGUCCGAAGCAAAUUUCAACGUUGCCGUUUUACGAGUAGAGGCUUUUGUUUAUGGGGAAAAGCUUGAUCUGCACCGUUGUUGAGUGUUCCGUAGCGUGGAAAUGUGGCGCUUCAAUGCACUGAUGAAUCGUUUUGAUUGCACAUAGGUAUAACAAACUGACAUUCUCUGUUGUAAUAACUAUCAACGAUAUUCUGCUUGGCUAAAUAAAGCGUGGCAAAGGUAAAGUUUUCCAACGAAAGCUGCAAGUUCGAAAGAGCAUCACCCUGCUUCAGUUCGUCUAAGGUUACGAAUCAUGACGAAAUUUCAUCCGCAACCCGUACACUUGCUUUUGAUCCGUCAAACGUCGAACGAAUCACAGAUGAUGGGUCUGCAAGUUGUACUCCCGAAAUGUAUCGAUAAUCUACGGCACCGUCGUUGAUCGGCAUACACGAAAACCAGCCUGAUAUUCGCCGACGAAGGACUCCUCAAUCAGCC